GCUUUCUGAGGCGAGUAUACAGCUUGAAUCAAGGCAAUAGGGCUGUACAAACAGCAAACAAUGGAAGGAGAACUGAUCUCACAAUGAAUGGAGAUCGGUGACUGUUCUUUUUUAUAUUAUGCGCACAAGGAGAACACUAUAUUUUAACUUGGUAGAAAGGGGUGCUGAAUUUUUCCGCCAGACGUUAGCUUGAAUUGCGUGUAUUUAUUUACUUCGGCAUCACGCGUUUGCAGCUAUCCGCAGUUAACCGCGCGGUUUCUGUCCCGCUGUGGGACUCAGCGAUUUCAGAGAAAUGCUUCUCAAUGUUUCAUAUACUAGGUGCCAGCACUUUCAGGGCACCUUGAAAGCUUGGCACUGCAUUUGCUUCGGGUAGGCGGCAGCAGUGGUUCACGCCUCGCGGCGUCUUCGAUAGGAUGAGCAAUGAGCGGACGGCGUUGUCAAAAACUACCUGUUUCUAUCCAAGACUUUGCAAGACAGAGCCUCGAAGAUAAUCAUCAGGACCGAACGUCAACGGCUUCUUGCAAGAGGACGGCAACAGGUCGGCGCGCGGCUCUGGUCCUGAAGUCGCCGCCGCUGUAGUCCCAGUCGCCGAGAACUUGACGGGUCUUCUGAAUAUCACAAGCAGAGAAGCUCCCAUACAAUUCACGCUCCCACUUCUCGGCUAUGCGAUGCCGCUGCUCCUUGUCGUCACCAUCAUCGCCAACACACUUGUCGUGGUAGUGCUCUCGCAGCGGCACAUGCGCACACCCACCAACAUCGUGCUUCUCGGAAUGGCCAUUUGUGACAUGAUGACGUUGCUGGUCCCGUCCCCGUGGUACUUCUACAUCUACUCGCUGAGAAACUAUGAGACCCUGCUCACGCCGGCUUCCGCCUGCUACGCGUACAACAGCAUGCACGAAGUGAUUCCCAACUUCUUCCACACCUCCUCCAUCUGGCUAACGCUGCUUCUAGCCGGUCAGCGUUACAUCUACGUCUGUCGACCGGCUCGAGCACGGGACUGGUGCACGGUGCCGAACGUGACUCGCGUCAUGUGCUGGAUCCUGGCCUUGGCUUUUGCCCAUCAGCUGCCACGCUUCUUCGACCGAACCUUCGAGGACGUCCAGUUCCGGUGGCACGGUCGGAUCCUGUGGGGCUGCAGCAUGCGCACCGCAUCGUGGGUCCAGACCGUGUUCGCCGAGCACGCCUACUAUAUCGCCUACUACGCCUUCAAAGUGGUCUUCGUGAACACUGGUCCGUGCACUGCGCUGGUGGUACUCAAUGUGCUUCUGUUCAAGGCCCUCAAGCGUGCCCAGGACAAGCGAUUGAGACUAUUCCAAGAGCAUCGGCGCAAGAACGAAUGCAAGAGACUCAGGGACAGCAACUGCACCACGAUGAUGUUAAUUAUUGUUGUCACGGUGUUCCUUUUGGUCGAGAUACCGCUGGCUGUCACAGUUCUUCUCCACGUUCUUAUAAACACCAUUCGCGUUCGUACCGUGUCAUAUGACUCAUUAAACAUAGUUAUCUUGUUCAGUAACUUUUUUAUCAUGCUAAGCUACCCCGUAAACUUUGCUAUCUACUGCGGAAUGAGCAGGCAGUUCAGAGAGACAUUCAAGGACCUCUUUCUCGUGGGUUCUGUCGUGAAUCGACGCGAAGGCUCUUCCCGGUACUCGAUUAUGAACGGUCCACGGCCGUCGGCCAAUGAGACUUUGCUAUAGUUAUUUUACAGAUUUUCAAGACACGAGUGUAUUACGAUGGUGCACCAAAGGAAGUUUACAGAGGCAGAAACAUCAGGGUAGCAUGUGUAUACAUGCAUAGUAAUAUCGCUAUUAUUGAUGUACGUCCUUGUCUCAAUGCUCACUUUUGGUGGUCACCUGCCUAACGGCACACCUGAGGAAGGCGGUAGGGGGAAGGCUCACGUACUCUAGAUGAUACUGAAGUACUGCGUAUGUGAACGUGAUACUGUGUAUGUGGAGCACACCACACAAUGUCGGCCACAAAGUGGGCCAUGUGCCCCGUCAGCCUUUGUACAAUUCCGAAAUAGAAUAUGCGUAGUCUUUUCAAAUCACGUGCUAUAAGACAAAGUUUUCUGACCUUCAUUAUAGAUAUUUCAUAGAAUACGCGUGCAGUAUAGGGGCCAGCUAGCACGACAGAACGUUUAGUUACUGCUGUAAACAUUCAUGAUAUACAUCAUGUGGAUGUGUUUUAUGUGCGCAUGACGGAAGCUUCGGUGUGGAAUCACUGACCAGUGUCAGUAUUUGAAAACACCAAGCUGUCGCACUGUUUUUAUGUUCCAUCUCAAAAAUUCCACGAAAAAAUACGUCAUAUUUCUGUUCACAGGGUUGUUGCACAUGCACACAUUGUUGUUGCGUCCUACAGCGGCAUCCUGGGAAUUUAAUGCCUAAUGCUUAUUUAAACAGAGAUCCUAUUUUAUACUACCUCGUUGCUGCUCACAGUAAAUAUGGCAAUAUUACUGUAAGCGACCGAUGUUUGCUUGAUGCCGCCAUCUUUGUAAGAAGCAGCGAAGAAUUUACACUAAACUAAGAAUUUGGUGUUGUUCACUUAUCCCAUCUGAUUUUUACAUGCUGUGACAUGGAACACCACCUUGACGCGCCCAAAUUUUUUGUCUUUUAGAUAGCUUCUUAUACGCGUUUUUCAUAUUUCUCAAUAUUUUUUAUAUGACCCACCACGAUGGCUUAGAGUCCAUAGCGUUCUGCAGCUGCGAAUAAUGUGGCGGACUGCGGCAACCGCAUUCCCACAGGCGUGGAUUGCAAAAAGAAUCGCGUACUGGGCUUCGGCUGCAUGUUGGAAAAAUCACGUAGUCAAAUUGAUGCAGAGCCCUCCAACACAGUGUUUUUCAUAGCUUGUGUGCUGCUUAUGGACGUUAAGCUCCAACAAUCCAAUCAAAUAUUUUUCAUAGCACAUUACGAAUAUAUCUUGAGUUCCGUCUCUAAGCUGGCACGUUUUCUGGAACCUUCCACUGUAUAGAUACCGUGUAGCACUUCUUGCUCCUCUUAGUUAAAAGUUAUUUCCUUAUUUAUUGAAAUGGUGGUUCCUUGGCAAUCUCCCUAUUACAUUUACCAAUACUCAAUAUCUCAAUGAUCACUGAAUAUACUGCCAGAAAUGCUGGGACAGGUUGGAGGUCUGCUCACAUUUUGUUUUUUCAACCAGCUGUUUCUGAUCCCUUAGUAUGUACGAAGCCAUAUAAGCUACGCGAUCCUACUUUACAAGUAUAGUCUAAUAAAAGCUAAGGUAAAACAACAACAACAAUAAAAAGACAAAGGUGAUAUUUUUAAAAUACCUGCUGCGUUGAAUAAUAGCUUUCGUGAUUGAAAGGCUUGCAAGAGUGUUUAUGGGCUGCAAGUAAGCUGGUUCCUGCCCUUCGUUUCUACGUGUUAUUCUAGUGAACAGAAAAGUGAAGCAUGGGCUGGCUUCUCUGCAGUUUUCCUUCUGAGCAACCACUUUUUAUUAUCGACAGUUUUGGCUGUAGGAUUUUAUUGGUGGUUCAGACAACGCACAAGAUCGAAUUUUUAGCAGGACUUACGCGCCAUAAUUUUGUAAAAGAAAAUGACUGCUUGAAAAAUUGUACAGCUCAUGCUCCCAUUGUAUUUUUUCGUGGUGGCAGUGGCUUAUCGUAAGAAGAAGCAGAUAUGGAAUGGGAAGGUUUCAGUACAUCAGACCGAUUUGGAAUACCUGUAGAACUGGCAUAUCUAAAAACUCAUUUUAAAGCUUUACAAGUUAAAAUAUUUUAAACACAUCACCGCUGCGUUACAUAUGAAUAAGAUAGAGUUAUGACAAAGAUAAUUGAGAAACUAGGAGUUUCGGCUAGUUAGAUGCUUAGUUCGCAGAAGUGUUGUAAACUGACCUUGUUGGUAUAGGUAUGUGUACAAGAUUUAUAUUUCGUUACAAACGCUUCUUAAGUGAAGAAACAGAAACCGAGCUUACAACGUGUUUUUUGAGCUCCCAGAACUAACUCCUUCUCAAUCCCAUGCACGAUGUAAAUAAGCCAAACUAGCUUUAAAAUGGAGGCUUAGUUGACACAAAUAUUGCGCUACCGUGCUUAUCUCUGCGCAGUAUUAAUCAGACCCUUCUAGCCUUCACACUUCUUUCUGGCGACACUAUUCAAACCUUCUGUAGCUGUAUUUCGCCUAUACGAAGAGUGUCGGCUUUUGGAGGGAUCAAUGUCUUUAUAUGUUAACGCCUGUUCAACCAGAACUUAUUAUUAUUGUGCAAACGCCACUUUUGUGCCCACACAAAAUACAUAAUAUACACUUUUCAUAUAUUGUAUAACCAUAACGCCAGUAUCGCACACAAGCAUAUUAUACAUCCGCUGAUGGUAGCAUGUAGUUCUGUGAUUCCUUUUUGUCACAACAAUUAACAACCUGUGAUCAAUGAGCAAUCAAGUGAAAUGUCAAAAUUCUGCUCCACGGUUAUGGCUCUCCGCGUGUUUCUGUAGCCUCUUUUGCACUCUUUUUUGGCACCAGUGAUGAAACGUUUUAUCGAGCUUAAGGAUGUCACUUAAAGUACACAAAUAUAAUGUUCUACCUGAAAGGACGUGUUAUAGCGGCCAAAUGGCUCAGUAUUCUAGGAAUAUUUCAUGAAGAGUUUUUGUUGCACGCAGAUCAAGCCUAAGCGAUAACUCGAAGACAUAAAACAGAUCCAUUAACGCUCAAAAGCCAUGGUAUCUAUAGCGGGUGGAACAAUGGCGCGAAACAGUAGCGGCUGACUGAAUUUUGCAGGGACUGAUUGGUCUAAUGUUCACUGUGUCGGUGCCAAAGAUGAUCUCAAAUAUGGAAAUAACGUCACGCAUAUGCGUGACGUUAUUAUAUGCGCGUUAUUACAUAUGCGUGACGCGGCUUUUUCAGAAGUUUUGAUUAAAUGUAUGGCUAGUAAUGUAACAUGAUGGGCCUUUACAAUAACUUUCUCCUCAUCCUCAUAACCAACAUCAAGUUUUCUGUACCUUAUGGUGUCAAAAGCACUCAAGCGGCAACAAUGUACCUGCAAAAUAUACAGUGUGUUUUGUGUCCGCGAGCGGAUAUCACUGAUGACAAGUAGUUACUGUCCUUGAUAUCGUGCCUGUGUAGCUAAGAGCGUCAUGUGUAAACCUUCUGUGAAGUUCCUCCUUCUGGAAACAGUCUAGUCAUCACACUGUCUGUUUGUUGUGUAUUUGGUUACGAUUAAAAAUAACACGCUUUAGCCAAACUAUUCCAAUUCGACAAUGAAAUGUCAAUACAGGUCUGAGAUUUGUAUUAUUGGUAUUCUGCUAAAGUGUCAAUAUACAUGUAGAGGAAAAAGUAUCGUACAAAAAGUACGCAUGGGCCCAUUUGGACAGCUGCGAUUUGAACAAUGUACCAAAUCAUUUUCGUUACUAACCCGAUUUGCCUUCUUAAGAGCCUUGUAAUGUAUUUUAAAAGUGAACAGAAUCCACAGCUAAACGGUGAACAUAAUGACUAUCAGUGUAUUCUGGAAUGCUAAUAAGCUUUUCAGGUAAGUCACUUUGGCUGGCACAGUACGUGAGUUCUUAGCGUAAAAACAAUUGAAGAGCUACUUCAGUUCCUAGUGAAAUACUGUUUUUUAUGACAUUUUUUACAAUUUCAAUAUACGAUGUCAUUCCUACCACUUGUGAAUUUGUAUGUGAGAAAUCAAAUGUGGGGAAGGAAGAAUGAAAUAAUUCCUCAUUGCUAUGUACUCUAAAAAAUAUUGCCAGGUAAUGGUUUUUACAACACUUAAACGUACAUAAAGUCCUAUUCACUAAGAUCUGGUGCGCAGACUAUUUUACUCACGCGUCUCAACACGCAUCCGAAUAAAAAUCGAGCUUACGCCGUUAGUGCUUCUGUAAAAGCAAGAAAAGCUGAUUGGGACAUAAUCCCCGUUCAAAUGAAAUGUCAGCUCUUAUUUAUCAUGUCUGCAUAGGGACUGUACGCGUAUUUCACAGGUAUCGUACAAAAAACACGCCCCUCGCAAGCUUUGCUUCUAAUGCAUGCAGCUAUGAACGUGAAUUAAUCUUACGAACUGUCACUUAUGCUCCUAUAUAGCAGAACACCCGCACAAGCUUACUCGACUAAUACAUAUCACUUCUGCACUGGCCAUGUCCUCUCACGUUGUCUUCAGCACAUCAUGCAGUAUCAUCUAUAUGCUACCCGUUUUGGAAUACAAACAGCGCGAAAAGCGAAACUAAACAAGAAGGCACCGAAAUGUGCGCUGACAGUUUUCUGGUUUUCCCAAGUCAUGUACUGACUAGCUCACCAACGCGAGUUAUUUCUGCACGUUUGGCUAGAUGUAUAUCCUUUUGUGUCAUCGUGCACGCUUUAAUAUCUACACUUAAAGAAAACGUAUGUGCGUCGCCCGAGGAACAUUCAAAUACUAUAAUUUAGCAUUACGAGUGGCAUUAUGUUUAUAGAGUUGUUGUAUUGCCAAUGUCAUGAAAUAUUUUAGCACCGCCGAAAAAAGGGCCGGCUAAUAUUUCACGAUGCACUCUUCAGCCACGCAGGUUUCCUCAGAACUCCUUCAGGUGUUAGUGGGAGUGUGCAUAAAUGUCUGUGUUCUGCACAUGCCUGUACUACUUCGUCUGCACUGUUGUAUAUGCUGACCUGACUAGAUCCACAUUAUCUCCUGUUCGCGCUCUACACUUUCAUUUUGUCGUUGUUUUACUUUUUUCAGUCGUACUAUUUGAAUUUAAAGCAAACCAGUGAAAUCUGUUCCAAUAGCUUGAGAUUUGGUCGAUACAUGAAAUCGCUACUGGAUAUUUACCAGGUCGCUUACAUGCAACGACCAACAGUAUCAAGUGGUACAGAUUUGGUGUUCGCGAAAGUGUCAAUUUGUGUCGCGGGAAUGAAACGAACAGUUAAGUUCGAAACAAAGCUAGAUGCCAUUUUUGUUCAUUUGGAAUCGAGCAUGGUCCUUUCUCAGCAGUAUUUGGAUUAAAUUGCCGAUUCAAGCAUGUCCCGGACCAGGACGAAUUUUUCUUCAACUGUGAGGCUUUUCUUUCGAGCAACCCGUAUGGGUUUCCUUUGUAGCAAUUACUACAAUUGGGUGGAUGUCUCAUUUUCCAUUUUAGUGAUUUUGGUGUGCUGUAGAAUUUUUAAUUAAUAUUCGUUCCCCCUUCACUGUUCUAUUUCGAUAAUAAUUACCAAUUUGAUGUUCGAGGAUCUCUUUAACUGUUGAUUUUGCCUCACAACACUGCAAGGCUAAGUAAAACGCAUUUUACGUAACCGGUGCUUGCUUGCACACGAAGCCCCAUAUGACCACAUUGCUGAGAAGUGCAUUUGCGUUUGAGAGCGUAUUUUGUGCCUGUGAAUUAAGGAGCAUAUGCUGGGUGCACAUAUGUGUCAUGGUUCAUGAGCCUGGUGUAAGGUAGAAAGGAUCAAUGCACAUCGCAGCUGUAACGGACAGACGAGACGCACAGUAACUUUGCUGCAGCAGUGUGUUUGUCCUUAAACAUAUGUUUUCUUUUAUAGCUGCAUAUUCAAAACAAACGAGCUUGUAUUAAAUACAUAGAACAACGUAGCAUGUAAUAAAUAUUUUUCCCAAUUCGCAAGUGCACUGGUCUCCAUGACACACUUACUCAACUAAUGGCCCCAGAAGUCGUCGCGUGAAUGAAUAUUAUACCUUGAGUGCUCGUGCCGUUGCUUAUCCGUUCCACGUGGUCCAGUCAAGAGAGCUACGUCCGUAUUUUUCCUCUCGUACAAUCUGUGCACGUACAUGUUGAUUGUAAAACUGACCACGUCGUCUUUAGCUUAGCAACCCGCCAUGGGAAAAAAGCCACCUUUACGAAUACAAUACGGGUGUAACGCGUUACCACACUUUCUUUUACGUAUAAUGUUGCUGUUACGUUGUUCUUGUUUUCUAUACUCGGUAUAACAAUAACCAGCUUAGUUUAGUGAAACAAUGUCUAACCGGAACAUUUUCAAGACGGUUUUAGCGUUUUCUCUUUUUUUUUUGUGAGAGCAAAGGAACAAAAUAUUUCUCAUACGAGUGCGUUGCUCUGUUAGAGAAAAUUACGCUCUACAUAUUAAAUGCACAUUCUUAAAGGCUUGAAAGUAAGCUAGAGUCGUCAAGACAGAACCUUUGCAUCAUGCUCCCUUCUUCGAGGGGGCAAAAUUGUUUGCCUAGAGAGUGCGAAUUCGUCGACCUUUUCUAUCUCGCUAUCGAGGGUUUUUAAUAUCACUGCUGUGGACUCCAGCCCCCUUUCAAGCAGGGCUAGUGUAUCUCAGCAGAUGUCGUGCUUCCCCCUUUAUAAGCUCAUUGACAAGCAAAAGCUUUCUCAGGACUCACUUUAUGUUGCAAUACACAUGGACAUCGCAUCAGUAAGCAUAAUUCGGCAGCUUCCUUUCACGUCCCAACGUUGCUUGAUUGCUCGCUUAGAAGCCCAAAUUACGCAUGUGCGUAAAUUUGUUGCGUGUUUAAAAGAUACUUGAGAGCCUAGUGCACACAAAACUAUUCCUCAUGCUCUGGAAAGAAGCGACUACUCAGGAAAAAAGGAACGGCACUUAAAUUUUAUGGUGUGCACUAGUUUGCCGAAAGAUUUUGAGAUAGCAGGUGCAGACAAUGGAAGGUAACUAUGUACUCUUCAGCGCGAGAGCGACUGCUGCUUCUUUGUCAAUGUAAUUAUUUAUUGUAUUUUCCUGUACCACAAAUCUGCCCAGGCUGUGCCAAUAAAAAUAUUUUCUGUACUCCAUAUACCUUCGUAUGCUGUACUGAUUGUAUCUGUAUGCAUCUUUUCUCGCGUGAAGAUUGUAUAUAUUUUGCUGCAUAUCCCAGUCUGUAGAAGCAACCAUUUAUUGGGUAAUAUCUAGGAGCUAGUAAAACAUUUAAUCAACUCAAAAGCAUGUUCCGAGCUGACUUCGUAGAGGAAAAUAACAUUACUGCGCAAUUUACCCACCCUCACUGGGGAAGCUAGAGUAAAUGGGUGUAAUGCUUGCUAUUGAGUUACAAAAACAUGUCUCAUUAAGCAAAAUGCGAAUCAUAGCCAAUCAGCUUCUGCACAAGAAGUACGCAAUGCUCUCUUCGCUCUGCACAAGCACUGUGCCUCGC